AUGUUUCUGAGCUUCCACAUAGUUGCUUGGAAAUGUGCAGAAUACCUCCAUCCCGAACAUUUACGUUCUUGCAGUCGUUGCAGGAUAGAUCUUGGGCGUUCGUCCCAUCUCUCAAUCUGCUCGUCCGAUUUGCAUUCUGCUUCGACCAAACUUCUUAGAAUGGUCUCUUAUGUCGUCCAAACUCUUCUCUUCUUGAUUUGGAGAACUUUGAUAUUUCGUCGUCCUGUUGACUCUUCCCAUGUUCGUACAAUGAUCGUCCCACCUGGACAAUCUUGCUGUAUCUUCACUUCUGCUCGAUCGUUCUUGAUCCUGUCUUGCUUGACCCGGACCAAGCUAAUAUCAUUGGAACAUAAGGGGGAUUCCCUAAACUCCAAACACAAACGUUGCGGGAUAAGAGCCCCGCCUUCACCUGCAUUGAGGCGCCUAGGUGCAUUAGCCACAUUCUCUGCCCACGCCUGUGAAGGUUCACGCUCAUCCGGAAUCACACAGAAACUAGAUGAACGCCUUCACCCGGGCACUACAGUCCAUCGCGGUACCCGGUUCAUCCUUCCAUCUAUUGGCCUUACUGGCGCACCAUGCCAAUGUCUGAAAAGGAGUUAUAGCCAAAAGAGUGAAGGCUGCUCCAGACGGCCAUAUCGAGAAUCAGCGCCAACCGCGCAGACCGGCUGGCCGAGGAACGAAUGUUCCGCGCUCGGCCAAACCAUGUCCGUCCGACUGAAGUCUCGGCCAAAGUCCAAACCGCUCGGCCGAUCACGCAUCACGACCCGGGAAACUCAACCCGCGGUCGGCCAGCCACAACCGGCCACGCCACAACCGCGCACGACCAAAGCGCGCGAGCCGGGAGUAACGCCUCGCGGCCGCGCAACUCCUCACGUACCGGCACGAACGCUCCGUCCGACCCGGGAAACUAUGCCCGCGUCCGGCCGAAGAUUUCCAUCGGCCAAUUCCUAUCCGCCCGACCACGCCGGCCGACGUCAUAACAUCCGGCCCCGACCGUUCCGACUCGGCCAAAGACCCGACUGUCCGGCCGAUCGUCCCGACCGACCGUCCGAACGCCGCGGUCGACCCGAAGCCGUUUUUGAAGCCCAAUCCGCACAAUUCAAGCCCAAAGCCGGCGCCGACCUAGCUAGAUUAGGUUUAGCCGUCUUCUUAUACUUAGAGCAUUAUAAAUACUUCUUUUUAGCCUUGUAA